AUGAAAUUACAGUUUCUCUUGAUUUUAACGACAGCAUCCUUGAGCUUUGCAGCAGCAGUAACAAAUGAUGUCGAUGGUAGCGUAGAGUCCAUCCAAACCCUUACAGAACAAGGGGACCAAGAUGACUUAAAAGGUAAAGGAGUAAUGGAGUCUAGAUGGAACCAAGUGCAGAGUAAGGGUAUAAAAACCAAGGAAUCGAUUAAGGUUUUGAAGGAUUGUAUCGGGAUCGUUGGACAGAUUCAAAAACUUCAAAAUCAAGAAGUAGAGGACCACGAUGAUCCUGAUCAAGGAAGAUUCUUUAAGGUAAAGAAAAUUUAUAAUAAGACCAAAGACAUUUUUGCCAGCAGCACGGGCCUUUUCAAGAGAGACUUGUUUGAAGACUUACUCGUCAAACUAUUCAAAGCUUUGAAAAGGUCAGGUUUAGUUAAUGCAGUGGUAAAGAUGUCGCUCACCGAUGACGAAGUAAGACCCGAAAUUGUGAAUGUCACAAUUGAUCUCUUAGAGGCCGAUGUUAUCCCUUGGGAGGAAAUAUUUCAGGCUCUCAAGGAUUCGGGACUUGCAGUCGAUGUCAUAAAAAAUUUGUUGACGGACCCGGAGACAAGAGAAGGUGCAGUUGAAUUUACAGUGGAACUUAUCAGAGAAUUAUUGACCUCAGAAGUCCUAACCGUUGAUGAGCUUAUGAAGGCUAUUCCUGAAAGAAAUAAGCCAACACCAUCAGCUGCCCUGCCCCUACCGAUAAGCAAUUAA